CACGUGACUCACCUCUGACCCCUGCGUAAACACGUGGGAUCAUGGCGGCGACCACGAGCGGCACGAGCGCGUCUGAACCGAGCUCAGGAUCCGGAUCCGGACCCAGACCCAGACCCAGAAACCCCAAGAGGCGCCCGGAGCCCGAACCCGAGCCGCAGGAGCUGUUGGGGGCGGGGCCAGUGGACGGACAGGACGACGACUCGGAUGGCGAGGAGAGCGACGAGAGCCAGUACUCGGGUCUGGAGGACUCAGGGUCCGACUCGGACUCUGAGGAAACCGGUUCUGAUCCGGAGUCAGACCCGGACUCAGACGAGAACGGACCUGAGGACGGACCUGAUGGACCUGAGGAGGGACCUGAUGGACCUGAGGACGGACCUGAGGAGGCGGGAGAUGACGAUGCAGAGGUCCAAACUGAGAAGAACCUGAAUCUGCAGAAGAACGACGAGUACGAGCAGGACUCCUCCGACGAAGAGGACAUCAGGAACACGGUGGGGAAUGUUCCGAUGGCGUGGUACGCAGACUUCCCUCACGUCGGCUACGACCUCGACGGAAAAAAGAUCCUGAAACCGAUUCGCUCCAAAGACGAACUGGACGCUUUCCUCAGCAAGAUGGAGGAUCCAGAGUUCUGGAGGACGGUCCAGGACCCUCAGACGGGUGGGGACGUGGUUCUGUCGGAGCAGCAGGUGGAGCUGGUGAAGAGGCUCCAGAAAGGACAAUAUGGAGACGUGAACUUCAACGAACACCAGCCGUCUGUGGACUUCUUCAGCUGUGACGUGAUGAUUCAUCCUGUGACAAAUCGUCCGAGCGACAAACGCAGCUUCAUCCCCUCGCUCAUCGAGAAGGAGAAGGUGUCCAGACUGGUCCAUGCCAUAAAGAUGGGUUGGAUUAAGCCGCGGCGCACUCAGGUCGACUCGAGGGGGCGCUACUACGACCUGUGGGCGUCCGAGGAGCCGGGCAGAGCGAGGGACCUGCGCAUGCACGUGCCCGCCCCCCGAGUCCCUCUGCCUGGGCACGAGGAGAGCUACAACCCCCCGCCGGAGUACCUCAUGACCCCCGAGGAGAGGGCGCUGUGGGAGCAGCAGGAUCCUGAGGACAGGAAGUUGCCGUUUGUUCCCAGGAAGUUCUCGAGUCUGCGUCAGGUCCCGGCAUUUGAGCGAUUCAUCCACGAGCGAUUCGAGCGCUGCCUCGACCUCUACCUGUGCCCCCGACAGAGGAAGAUGAGGGUGAACGUGAACCCUGAGGACCUGAUCCCCAAACUGCCCCGACCCCACGACCUGCAGCCGUUUCCCACCACACAGAGCAUGGUUUAUCGAGGUCACGAGGGUUUAGUCCGAACCAUCAGCCCCUCCCCCUGCGGACAGUGGCUCCUGUCAGGGGGCGAUGACGGCUCGGCUCGUUUCUGGGAGGUUUCUUCUGGACGCUGCGUGAAGAAAGUGGAAGUGGGCGGAGCCAUAAAGAGCGCCGCCUGGAACCCGAGUCUCAACCUCAACCUGGUCGCCCUCGCCGUGGGUUCUGAGGUGCUUCUCGUGACUCCGCCCUCAACGGCGGCGGAUAAACCGGUCGUCACGGCGACAGAGAGACUUUUAUCUGAGGAGGCGGAGCCAGCCACAGAGGGGGAGGGGCCUGUCGCCUGGAUGAACGCAGAGGGGGAGGAGCUUCUGCAGGGCAUCCGGGUUAAAAUCCAACACCCCAAACCUGUGUGUCAGGUGACGUGGCACACUCGUGGCGACUACAUCGCGGCCGUGAUGCCGGAUCACAACAGUCACCUGCAGGUGCUGAUCCACCAGGUGAGCAGGAGGCGGAGCCAGAGCCCCUUCAGCAGAAACAGGGGAUUGGUUCAGAGCGUCGCCUUCCAUCCAAUCAGACCGUACUUCCUGUUGGCGACGCAGAGAAGCGUCCGGAUCUACAACCUCCUCAAACAAGAACUGAGCAAGAAACUCCAGACCAACGCCAAGUGGAUCUCCAACAUCGCCGUGCACCCCGGAGGUGAUCAUGUGAUCUGCAGCAGUUACGACUGCAGAUUGAGCUGGUUCGACCUCGACCUGAGCUCCAAACCCUACAAGACUCUCAGACAUCAUCGCAGGGCCGUUCGUUCUGUGGCGUUUUCUCGCUCGUAUCCACUUUUUGCUUCUGCCUCAGACGACGGCUCCGUCAUCGUGUGUCACGGGACGGUCUUCAGUGACCUGCUGCAGAACCCUCUGAUUGUCCCGGUGAAGGUUCUGAAGGGUCAUGUGAUCACUCAUGACCUCGGGGUCCUGGACGUGACCUUUCACCCCUCGCAGCCCUGGGUCUUCAGCUCCGGCGCCGACGGGACCAUUCGGCUGUUCACCUGAGCCUCCUGCAGGAUCCAGACCCGGUUUAAAGUCUGGAUUUUUGUAAAGAACCAACCUGACAAAGAUGGUGGGCUGCUGCCCCCUGGUGGACACUCAAAUAAACAUUUGUUUUUUCUAAAUCUGUUUAUAUAAAAUAAAACUGUCGACCUGAAGUCUGA